AAGUGAACUAACUCAUUAGUACUCGUCCUUCUGUCCCGUGCGGACUCACUGUGCCGCGCGCGCUCCGUCAGUUAACCGAGUCUCGCGCAGGCUGUCGUACCCACCACGCGCCGCCACAUUCUUCCACACGGUGAAGUGUCACGUUCCACCGGCGCCUCCUCACCGGGGACCACCAGCAGCCGAGUCCGCCGACCGCCACCUGAGGGGCGGCCGAAGACGCGCAGCAUCUCCCGCUCACCCUGAACUCACUCACCGGGCUCCAGGAACCGACCAUGGAGGGCGCAGGUAACGGCACGGGCGCGGAUUACCGGAGCCAACUCCCCGGGCUCUACAACGGCAGCGGCGGCUUGUGCGGGAACUUCACCGGCGGAAACAACAACAACAACUCCACGAGCUUCGCGGAGGUGCGAUGCGACGGCGAGCGCCGGGGGGGCGACGGCGACGCCAACCCGGUGAUCAUAGCCAUCGUUAUCACGGCUCUGUACUCCAUCGUGUGCGUGGUGGGGCUGGUGGGAAACGUGCUGAUCAUGUACAUCAUCGUCAGAUACACUAAAAUGAAGACAGCCACUAACAUCUACAUCUUCAAUCUCGCUCUGGCCGACGCCUUGGUCACCAGCACGCUACCGUUCCAAAGCGUCAACUACCUGAUGGGGACGUGGCCGUUUGGGGACAUUCUGUGCAAGAUGGUGAUGUCCAUCGACUACUACAACAUGUUCACCUCCAUCUUCACGCUCACCACCAUGAGCAUCGACCGCUACGUCGCCGUGUGCCACCCGGUCAAAGCGCUGGACUUCAGGACACCCCGCAACGCCAAGAUUGUCAACGUCUGCAACUGGAUUCUCUCCUCGGCCAUCGGGUUGCCUGUCAUGGUCAUGGCCUCCACCGCCAACACUUCCUCCAAUAUUAUGGACUGCAAGCUGAUAUUCCCCCACCCCUCCUGGUACUGGGACACCCUGCUGAAGAUCUGCGUCUUCAUCUUUGCCUUCAUCAUGCCCGUCCUCAUCAUCACCGUCUGCUACGGCCUCAUGAUCCUGCGGCUCAAGAGUGUGCGCAUGCUGUCCGGCUCACAGGAGAAGGACCGGAACCUGCGUCGGAUCACACGCAUGGUCCUGGUGGUGGUUGCCGUCUUCAUCAUCUGCUGGACGCCAAUUCAUAUCUUUGUCAUCAUCACCGCUCUCAUCAACAUCCCCAGCUCCACGCUGCAGACUAUCACCUGGCACUUCUGCAUCGCUCUGGGCUACACCAACAGUAGUCUGAACCCGGUUCUCUAUGGCUACCUGGAUGAGAACUUCAAGCGUUGUUUCCGUGAGUUCUGCACCCCGAGUCCGUCUGUGUUAGAGAUGCAGACCUCAUCCCGGACCGGAGUCACCAGCCGCAAGCUCCCACAGCGUGAACACAACAGUGGAAACACAGGAGAAAGGUCCAAUCAGCAGGUAUGACUAGCCUUGGAGGGGUCGUCGGUGGACUCUCGCUGCUGCGGCGGCUCUGCCAACGACGAUCUCAACUCGGAGGUCACGCAGGUCACCAUAGGGCUCUGACUUCAGACACACAGACACACUCCUGAAACACACAUACACAACAAACAAUCCCAGGACAUGACUCGAUAGCACAGACGAUUUUUUGCCGACGUUCUGCGAGCUUAACUACAGCACUAACCGCAUGGCUGUGCAAAGCUUUCACUGAGACAGAUAACACACGUGGCUCAAAAUAGACUAAACCCGAAAAUAAAGAGUCCAUAAAACACUGUAUCCACCUAAUUGAAGACAUCGUUGCACUAAAUUGUGCAUUAACGCCAUUAAAAUCGUCAUUGUUUCUUCAUUGCCAUCAGACAAAACAGACAGAAUACAGCAUGUACAGAGAGAUGUAUAGACCGAUCCAUAAAAGCCACGUUCACAAGCCUCUAAUGUGAUGUUGUUCUCGUCUGUCUGCAGAGCUCAUUGAGCAAAAUCCAUCCCAACCCUCACCUUAUCACUAAUUGUCCCGGCCAUAAAAAACGAAAAAGAAGAAGAAAAAUCAAUUAAUUAUCUUCUACCUUCGCGCCCGUCUGUCACAUUUCCUCCUCCGGUUUUUCUUCUUUAAUCAUUCACAUGUAUUUGAGAGGACAAAGGUUUAAAGGCUGUCACCACAUGAAGGCAUUAGUGGACGGAGGGGUUUUACAAUGUCACCAGCUGUGCUUUUCAUCCCGUGUCUCUGUGGAUUUUUUGCCUUCCAGCGUUUGCAAAUUGAUUUAUAUUCACAGUACUACGCUGGCGUUGUGGCCACUUGCGGUGGAUUGACAGUGCACAGUUCUCUCCUCUCGAACCACCCUAACCCCUUGUUGUCGUUUACUGUCCCCUCCUUUCCUUUCCUUCUCUGUAAAUACGUUUCCUGCCCUGUUGCUUGACCCACCAGUAAGUUGUCGUACAGUGGAGCGCUGAAUGUCCUCUCUGCUGAACUUCCUGAAUGUACAGAAGAGAAACCUGUUUCUUGUUUUUCACUCUGGAUCCUUGUGCUGAACUGUGGGGUCCUUGAAACCAGCAAAGAAGACAGGUGGUUCUGUUUGCACAGCGCCCACCGCGUGCUGCUGGAGCCUAUAGUGCGGACAUAUGGGACUAAAUGUGUAUGAUCAACGACGUAACAGCCAUUACGGAGGUUAUGGAUGUAAAUGGAGUCACUUCUCCUCUGGAGUGUUUAACAAAUGAGCCAAGCAGGAUUGUAUGUCGUAAUCUGUGGAAAUUGCUUGUGCUUACGUGUUGUGCCGUGUGCUCUUCUUGCCAGUUGCCUUCAUUGGGAGCUCUACUUGAUAUUCUGUGCACCAGUAUUUUCUUUUCUAAAGAUCUGUAAAUAUGAACAUGAUUGUAUUAAUCUCCCAUGUAAGAUACUGUAAGUACUGUGUUGAUUUUUUUUAAAGAUGUCGCAACGAGAAAUCGUCAAGAAAGUGGACCAGCCAGUCUGUGUGCUUCUAAAUAUGGAUUUCUGUCACUUUGAAUCUCCCCUGCUUUAACCGAGGGGGUGAAUAUUCAUCAGAAAACAAUGUGUGUAAAAAUGGAAAUUUGGUUUGACUAGCCUGGAGAAGAAGGAUAGAUAAUGAUGCCACUUUAGUAUCACAUCUUUCGGCUCAAUUUUGAAAUAAAAUGAAAUAGAUUAUUGUUUUCAGUCGAGCCACCAGCUACAAUGAAAGAAUAAACUGUUAUUGGCCAAAUUGUGCGAAUGAACAAAUAUCUAUCAUAAUUAUAACUGAAGCAUUAAGCUGUUUGGAGCAUCAAUGUGUCACCUGCUGUAUUUCAAGUGUUUAUUAGAACCAAAAUGUCAUCUUUAUGCAUGGAAUAGAUUUGAGGAUGAAGAGAAGAAAUAAAAUAUCUUGCACGUGUGUGAGUGUAGUGCCAUGAUGCUCGAGUCUUUAUCCUUCACAGAUAAAAUUCCCUUGGUGUCAAGAUAAUGUGUCACAUGUGCAGAGCAAAUGAAUGUGUAUGGGUAUUGAGUGAAUUCAUAACAAUGUGCUUCUUCACCUUCAUUAUGUAGAUUUAUGUGGCAGCGAGUGCGGCUACAGUCAGCGAGUAGGCUGCAUGCAACAUAUACUACCGUGCCCAUUGCAUCACGUUGCUGUGUGUGGCAACGUAAGUGGACGAAAUUUUUCAUGCAGCAGCGGAGGCACCAGUCAAUCAAAUCGCGUUAAUGCAAAAGGAGGCAGCUGGUGAACAGGAUUUGAUCUGCUUAUGGAUUUUAUUUCCUGUGUACUUCUCUUGAGCAUUGGAUUGAUAGUUUGUGUGGCACGUUAGCACGUGUGCCAGCUAUGUUGUGUGUCUCAAGCAUGAAACUAUGACAAUCGCCUCGGCACCAAAGGUCAUGUUAGGCGGUCAUCCCCACCGUUAACGCCAUGCACACGUGUGAGUCCAGCGUGAGAGCAGGACAAUGGGCGGCUGUGUCUGAGGGUUAGAGCGGUCGUCCUCCCACCGGAAGGUUUCAUCCUCAGUCUUCCCCAUCUGCGUGCUGUAGUGUCCUUGGGCAAGAUACUGAACCCCUAAAUGGCCCCUAAUAGAUAUUGAAUGCACCAAUUGUAAGUCGCUGCGGUGCAUUGACAUGAUAUGACAAUGGUGGCACAAAUUUGAAAAAGCCUCGUUGACCAGACCAGAGGUGGCGCCUUCGUAGGGCGACUCCCCCGAAAGAUGCAGCCCCUGAAUUGGGACACAGCAAACUGUCCAACACCAAAGAUGACAUUUGGUGUUAAUGUGUUUUGCAUCAUUAAAACACAAUGUGCAGCAGGUGACACAGAAUAGACUCUUUACAUAAAGGUAAACUUAUAUAAAGUGAAUCUGAUGCUGUCCCCUGAUCUGUGCCCACGAUGCCGGUGUACUUAUACUUAUCUUAUUAUCUUGAGGAGCACUUCUUGUAAUCUAAUGUACAGAGGAUAAUUUGUACUUCAUGAAUGACACGCUGUAACAUGAUGCGUCUAAUGUUACUGUUCAGUGCAUUGUCUAUGGAAUAAAAUGUAAAUCUGAA